AUGCAGGCAAAGUUUGAAGAACAGCAGCGUACGUACCAGGCGCUGCUUACAGAAAAGGAUCGUCAGUUGGAGUCUGUGGUGACAGAUCUCAAGAUCCAGUUUGAUCGUCGUAUGGAAGCCAGAGAGAGAGAAAUUCGCGAGGAGUUGAGCAUUCCGACCGCUCCACCGUCUGCAAAUUCGACGACUGUAGGAGGAACGAACAACCGGUCAUCGAAUGAAGUGAAAAUGGCGAUGGAGAAAAUGGAAAAGCAGCUCGCGGAGAUGUCGAAGAAGCAGGAUCAGCAAACGAGGACUCUUGAGGAGCGAAUUCGGGCGAUGGAAAUCAACAGAAGUCGAUCAAACGUAUCCGAUUCCGAUCCCAACGAGCUCAGCCGAAGUCAACUGGCCGCGCGGCACGCAGUGACGAAAGAGCUGCCUACGUUUUCGGGCAAUCCGGAAGAGUGGCCUCUUUUUAUUUCGACGUACGAAAGCAGUACCAGGAUGUGCGGUUUCAGUGACGAAGAAAACCUUCUUCGACUCCAGCGUAGCCUGAAGGGGAGAGCCCUCGAGACCGUUCGAAGCCGGUUACUGCAUCCAGCGGGACUUGCAGGUGUCAUUAGGACGUUAAAAACGCUGUACGGGCGGCCGGAAGUUAUCGUCCACUCGCUAGUCUGCAAGAUUCGGGAAAUGCCAUCGCCGAAGACGGAGAAGUUAGGAACUCUGAUCGAUUUCGGUGUUGCAGUCCAGAACAUGUGUGCGACGAUCGUGGCAAGUGGACUAAACGAGCACUUGUGCAACGUGGCACUUCUUCAAGAGCUCGUCGAAAGACUACCAUCAACCGUGAAGCUCGACUGGGCGAAACAUCGUUCAACGUUACAGGCGGUGACACUCGAUGACUUCAGCAAAUGGUUGGAGAUACUCGUGGAAGCGGCAUGCGUGGUAACGAUUCCAUCAACGAUCAGUGCGUACGCUAGCAAGCCUGAGAAGCGUAUACGGAAGGAGGAAGUUCAUGUUCACCUCCAAUCCAGCUCCAGUCAAGCGGCGGCAGGAUCGACGGCCUCUACGACGUACCCCAGAAAUACAACGAAGCCAGCAGCGUCGAAACAGUGUGUCAUUUGCCAAGGAGGAUGUAGCAGUGUGGGAUCAUGCAGGAAGUUUCAAGACCUGGAUAUCGGGGCAAGAUGGGCAGCGCAGAAGCAGAACAAGUUGUGCCGGAAGUGUCUGGCGAAGCAUUUCGGAGCGUGCGCAGUGAAGCAAGCUUGCGGAAGAAACGGCUGUUCAUACAUGCAUCAUGAGCUGCUACAUGAUGAUUCCAGAUACCAGCGAGCAGAAAAUUCCUCAACGGUGAAUUCCCAAGGCGCGGCAGAAACACCUGUCGAACAGUGCAACACUCACGUCAGUUACGUCAGCAAGAUUCUCUUCCGCUACGUUCCAGUCAUCCUACACGGACGAGGCAAGCUCGUUCGCACUGUCGCAUUUUUGGACGAAGGCUCAUCGGCGACGCUGAUGGAGCACAGCUUACUAGACGAGUUGGAGCUGGACGGAGAGUCGUAUCCGUUGUGCCUAGGCUGGACGGGAGAUCAUCAACGACAGGAGAUGAAGUCCGUGAUGUUACCUCUGGACAUUUCCGGAACGCGCGGUGGAGAGAAAUACCGACUGUCGAAAGUCCACACGGUGGAGAAUCUGUCGCUACCGCAGCAGACGUUGAAGAUGGCAAAGCUAGCAUCCGAGUAUGAGCACCUGGACGGCGUAUCAGCGGAUUCUUAUCUCAACGUUCGGCCGCGGAUACUCAUCGGUAUAGAUAACUGCCGUUUGGGUCAGGCGUUGGACAGCAGGGAAGGUGGCAAAGACGAACCGAUUGCCGCUAGAACACGCCUAGGAUGGAUAGUGUUCGGACCAGGCUCUACGACAUCUCAUCCAACGACGAACUUCACAGCGCACCACAGUAUUCACGUGUGUCCGUGCUGCGAGCAAAGUGACGCGGAUCUUCAUAACAUGGUGAAAACGUACAUGUCCCUAGACAGCACGGGAGUAAUGAGUUCCGUUAAACCUCUCUUAUCGAAGGACGACGAGCGAGCGGAGCAGUUGCUGAAAUCGUUGACGCGUGUGAAGGGCAAGCGAAUGGAAACCGGACUGCUUUGGCGGUGUGACGAUGUUCGACUGCCGGACAGCAAACCGAUGGCGAUGAGACGGCUGAUCUGUUUGGAGAAGCGAAUGCAGCGGGACCCGGCGUUGGCUGAAGCGGUGAAGGAGAAGAUUCGGGAUUACGAACGAGCCGGGUACAUCGAGAAGCUGACGAAAAACCAGUUAGCCGAGAAAUUCGAUCGGGUUUGGUAUCUCCCAAUCUUUCCGGUUGUCAACCCAAAUAAACCGAAAAAGAUGCGCUUGGUUUGGGACGCAGCAGCUAAAGUCUUAGGACUCUGCCUGAAUUCAUUUCUAUUAACGGGACCUGAUCAUCUCACCUCUUUGGUCUUCGUUCUACAACGUUUCCGGGAGUUCCGUAUAGCCAUCACCGGCGACAUUCGGGAGAUGUUUCUGCAGAUCUUGAUGAACUGGUUCGAUCAACAGUGCUUGAGAUUCCUAUGGCGGGACGGCGAGCAAGAUCGCAGCCCAGUUCCCCAGCAGCCAAGCCGUAGCCACGCCACGUCAACUCACGUCGGUGCGCCUCACUGUUCGCCAGUCACCUGCGCCGGGUGCGAUCAAGCGAUCCGCAUCCGGGUCGUCCACGGGCAUCGCAGCAGCCAGGUUCCGUCGUCUGGUGAUGACAAGUCUGCCAACCGGGCAGCAGCAACAAUAACAGCCAUCUGGGCUUGGUCCGACAAGCGAUCCACAUCCGGGUCGUCAACAAGCAUCGCAGCAGCAAGGUUCCAUCGUCCGGUGACAACAAAUCUGCCAACCGGGCGUCAGCAACAACAACAGCCAUCUGGGCCUGGGUCGAUCAGGCGAUCCGCAUCCUGGUCGCCAGCGGGUAUCGCAGAAGCAAGGUUCCGUGGUCCGGUGACCGCAAACUUGACAAUCGGGCAUCAGCAACAACAACAGCAUCGCUUCGCAAGCCAUCGCAAGAAGUCAUCCCAGAAUCGGACUUUGCUGGGGCUCCUCAGAGGCCUGCGAGCGACCGUAGCAGAAAAAUUAGAUCCGGUUUCGACAUCCGGCCAGCUUUGGUUCAUCGAUCACAAGGGAAGUACCCACCAAAUGAUCGCGACAACAUUCUCGCAAGGCAUGAGAUGCGAGAAGGCCACCAUCUCGAUCCGUGCUGCAUCGCUAGCGGAAUCCUGUGUUGUUGGAACAGCACUCUUGGCAGAUCAACAGUUUGAUGGCAGUGGGCACUCGAGUCGAUAG